ACCUGACUUUAGCACUAACGCGCCUGAGAUCGCUGACAUCCGGACGAAUUUAGGAAAGAGGAAGACACCAGAUCCGACGUGUUUGUCACUUUAUAGCCUUGACAUUUAUUCAGACCUCGGGAUGAUUAGAUGAGCGGUUCCUCCAAGCAAAAAUAAAUAAAGAAAAUAAAAAAAGACAAGUUAGAACCAAUAAAGCCCUGAACUGAAGCAGGCAGUUUUAAGGCAGCAGGAUUGCCAUGGAUAAGUCCAAGAACUUUCGGAUCGAUGCUCUGCUGGCGGGAGAGUCACAGAGGAGGAGAAGUCGGGACUCUGAUGUACUCGAUGUUGAAGCCACUCUGUGCAAACGACCAGACAGCUCUCCGAUCCGGAGCAGUGCCAGUGCGCUCCAGCAGACAGGAAUCGUGCCCAAACCCGGCCUGCUAACCAUCCCUCAUCCAGGACUAAGCGCGUUAUCUCAGGGUUCGCUCGCAGGGAUGUACCCGGGCCCGGUGUGCUCUCUGAGUGCGUUGGGAGCGCAGCAUGCCGCAUUCCCGUAUCCCGCCUUCGCUCCACCGCAUCCCGAGCAGCUGAAGGCCGCCGCCGUGGCGGGACAUUUCCCCUUCGAGCAGUGGAUCCGCGCCGGCAUCAUGGUUCCGAGACUCGCCGAGUUUAACGGCUCUCCUCAGUCAGGCCUGAUGGGAAAGUGUCGUCGACCUCGAACUGCUUUCACUAGUCAACAACUACUGGAGCUGGAAAACCAGUUCAAAUUGAACAAGUACCUGUCGCGACCCAAACGCUUUGAAGUGGCCACUUCAUUAAUGCUGACUGAAACACAGGUGAAAAUCUGGUUCCAAAACAGACGGAUGAAAUGGAAGCGCAGCCGCAAAGCCAAAGAGCAGGCAGCACAGAUGGAGGCUGAUGGCAGUCAGCAGGUCAAACGCUCCAGCAAACCCGGAGACCCUCGCCGCUGCAGUACACAGGACGACGAUGAGGAGCUGGAAGCCGAGGAAGAAGAAGAUGAAGAUGAAGGUUUCGGAGGUGCUCUAAAUGGCAGCGUGGGCCUGCCUCACUCCUCAGACUUUCUCCAGCACAGCUCCGAGUUGAGCUACAGCUCUCACAGCUCUUACUCAGAUGACGACCUGGAAGAGAUUGGAGCAGACAGGAAGAUUAGUGUAGGGCUUUGAAGGCAUAGUGUAACUAUGAAUUAUUUACCCAUUGUGUUGUCCAACAGCUUGUCGCAUCUAUAGCCUUCAUCAGAGACUUGCAAAGACUGAAGCCGUGCACCAAAAUCUCUAUCUCUUAUUUAUCUAUGUGGCAGCCUUUAACUUAUAAACUGCUGUCUUGUCCCAAGUAGGAAUGUUUCUCUCUGUAAAAAUGUCUUUGUCCUUUGUGUUCAGGUGAGCAUUAUGGAAAUUUGAGUAGUGGAACCAACAUUUCUACUGCAUGCAACCCAGAUGCUUACUUUUGUACAUUGAUCUGUACAUACACAUGAACAAAAACUUGUGUGGCUCUGAACUACACUGUGCUCAAUGGGAACGGAGGGUUACUGUAUGGUGCAAAGCUUUUGGUAUACAGCAUUUUUUUCUCAGAAACCACUGACUAAAUAACACAGCAGAUCUCCUCGCCAAAUAUUGAGAAACCGGAGCAAAAGCGGAGUGUGUUACUUAGUCAUUCGUCUUCGUCAUGUUUGUUAUUGGUGGUGUUGUCCUUAAUGGUAUUUAAGUAUUAUAGAUUAUAUCUAAUUUAUUCACGGUAAAAUGUACACAGUGAAAAUUCACACACACACACAAAAAAAAGAAAAUU